GUCGGUGCAGCAGCAGCGGCGGCGGCGGCGGCGGGCGGGCCUCCCUCUUGGUCAUGGCCACGUUUUUCGGGGAGGUUCUGCCGGUUUUCUCCCGGGCGGUGGACGAAGAGGAGGAGGAGGAGGAUCAGGAGAUCCGGAGAGAAUUGGAGGGCCGCAGAGAGAUUACUAUCAAAUGGAGCACAGAGAGCAGAACCUCAACACCGGGAAGCUCAGUAAAAUGGAGCCUUCCAUGUUCCACUUUUCUAAUUGCUGUUGGACAGAAUGCUGUAGGAUUUCUGAACUCCUUUGUUCAAUGCUCUGGGAGCUGGGAAACUAUUGGAGCUGUUACAUUCUGGAAUGAGAGAGUUAAGGGGACAGAUCCCGUCAAUCAACAGUUCCCUACAGAUUCGUCAUGUCUUCUCUACCGGCUAUCAUCCAAUCCAAUGAUUCUGAGCUGCCAUUGUAGCUGCAGUGUGGCUGAGGAUCAGCUCUUCCAAUGGACUGAAAAGAUUUUUGGAAAUAUCCAGCAAAGGAACCUAGAGGUGAUCAUAUUAUCGAGCUGCUCUGUGACUGAAUAUAAAUCUCCUGCGUCCAUUUCCAACAUCUCUGUUCCUUUCCUCCGAUCUUUGAAAACCAGUGCAUUCCAGGAGACUCCUCUCUGUGCGUUACUAGAGCAGCCAAAUGUGAUAUCUGGUCUCUCGGCGGCAGUUCUGAGUUACUGUCAGGUCCGGCAGAUACCCGCUGUGCUCUAUCAUUGCUACAGUGACGUCACAACUAUAGAUUCUCUGACGAUAGAAGCUUUUCGACCACUACUCGCCUGCAAGAGCCUGACUUCAUUUGUGAAAGAUACCUCACGGAGUGCAGAAAUACUGAAACAGCUCAUCGAUAUGAGCAAGAUCCAAAGCAACCUGUAUACAUGAGGCCAUAACAAUUCCUGAACAGUUUUUAAAUUAACAGUUGAGAGAUUUCCAAAAAUACCGUGUUUGCUGUGUGGAUUUAGUCAUGUUUUAUUACCCUUAAAAUAUUAAACUGUGGCGGUUUUGUUUCA